AGCUCAUUGGGAGAAAGUGAGUCACGUGUGCGACACACGGACAGGAUGUAUGUCUACUACUAGCCGAUAUUAUAUAAUUAACUAUAUUACUGUGUUUUUGCAUAGCCACGACUCCUCAGCUGGGUCUCUUCAAACGUAGAUGCAGUGUUUUCCUUCAAAGCGGUGCCUAGUAGGCCGUGCAGUUGUUGCCUUGUGUAACUGUCAGUCAUGAUGUAGCUGGAAAAGGGGGUGAUGUCAGCGUCUUAAUGCUAGGGGAGACACAUCACGGCGAUCUGUUAGUGUGAUCAGCCUUGGGAGAUUUGAUACGAUACCAAGGAUCCCGCAUCCUCCUUAUUCUCCCGCUCCUCUCCGUCGGGCCCGAUUUAAUCAUGGACAGCGAUGACGAGAAUAUAGAGGAGAUCGUUGAAGGCCCCCUCGAUGAAGACGAGCAGCCACAUGGCUUCUGCACCAUCACGUACUCGUCCAGCGAUCGCUUCGAAGGGCACUUUCUGCACGGGGAAAAGAACGGCAAGGGGAAGUUCUUCUUCUUUGAUGGCAGCACUCUGGAGGGCUUCUACGUAGACGACGCCUUACAAGGCCAAGGCAUCUACACCUAUGAGGACGGCGGCGUGUUGCACGGCACCUACGUGGACGGCGAGCUCAACGGCGCCGCCCUGGAGUACGACUCGGAAGGCCGGCUGAUCUUUAAGGGCCAAUACAAGGACAAUAACCGCUGCGGACUCUGCUGGAUCUUCUACCCCGACCGCGGUGCUGUGGUGGGCGAAGUCAACGAGGAGGGCGAGAUGACAGGAGAGAAGGUGGCCUAUGUUUACCCUGACGGCCGCACGGCCUUCUACGGGAGCUUCGUGGAGGGUGAGCUGAUCGAGUCCCGGCUGGCCACACUGGUGUCCCAGGACAGCGACCAGCCACACUUCGAAGUCGCCCCCGACAGCCCCAUCUAUACCUACGACAAGUCCACCUCCUCCUGCAUCGGCGCCCACUGCCUGCUGCAGGAUCCCUAUGAGUCCCAACGGGUUUACGUGGCCGAAUCGUUAAUCUCAGGAGCCGGAGAGGGGCUGUUUGCGAAGUCGGACGCGGAGCCCAACACAGUGAUGGCUUUCUACAACGGGGUCCGCAUCACGCACACAGAGGUGGACAGCAGGGACUGGUCUUUGAAUGGCAACACAAUUUCUCUCGAUGAGGACACAGUGAUUGACGUCCCAGAACCAUUCAACAACAUCAAGAAGUACUGCGCCUCAUUGGGCCACAAAGCCAACCACUCCUUCAACCCUAACUGCAUCUAUGACCCAUUUGUCCACCCCCGCUUCGGGCCCAUCAAGUGCGUGCGUACGGUGCGCCCUGUGUGCCGGGACGAGGAGCUGACGGUGGCAUACGGCUAUGACCACGCGGCCUCAGGGAAAAGUGGGCCCGAGGCCCCCGACUGGUAUAAGAGGGAGCUGCAGGCCCAGCAGGACGGCCAGGCAUCCCGGUUGCAGUGAGACAGCCCCUCCCCCCCAUAGCUACACCUUACCACCCCAGCCUCCGCCCCACCCCCAGAUAACUGCACCAGGGUCUAACACCACAGACCACACCACCACCGACACACAGCGCAGGAACUAUGCACUACAGACCAACCAGGGAUCCAAACUGCCUACAGCUGACGCCAGACUUCAAGCCAACAUGUCGUACGUGUACAUGUGAAACGGCUCUAUUCCUUCAUAAACACGUAGAACUGUUUUGCUGUAUGACUCUUCUGUCGUCCUUCCCUCACCCCUUAAAUCUCUCUCUCCUUCAGUCUUUCACUCGUUCUCUCUGUAUGCAUGAAUAUUACAUUCAUAAUUGUAUUGUGCGGCAAAUGCUUUACACUGAGGUUCCAUUGAGGCAUUCCUGACUCGUCAGCAACUGCAUAACCCGGCUGUUCCAGUCACCUGGGUCUCCCUCUGGACUUCUAACCAGUAAGCGUUUAGCCUAUAAAUGCGUCUACAUCCUCUGCUCUGGUGCAGUCUUGUAUGGUUUUUGCUCUUUCAUUUUUAAGGAUUUUGACAUCGAAUCCCUCCCCCUAAAAAAAAUUGUCUGCACUCUUUUGCAACCGAUCGCUUAACUGAAACUGGCAGAUUCAAGGAUCAGGAGCCAGCUGCCUGUUCAUGAAUGUUUACACAGCUUCUAAGCAGGCAAUCUACAAAGGGUUUUUUUUUGGGGGAAAGUGACGAAAGUGGAUGGAUGAAUGAAUGAAUAUGCUGACAUUUUUCCAUAAUCCUAGCAUCUAAAUGUUGGUAUCGGAACUGUUUUUAAGCCGCUGUUAAAAGACAUUUCUAAUGAGGGGUUUUUGCACCCCUCUGUGCAUGUGGUCUUACUUUGACUGAGGUAUGAUGUGUUAAUUUAACUGCUUGUCAUCUGUUGCCUUGAAUAAUGUUACACACCACAAAAUACCAUCCUUAUAUAUAAAAUAAAAAUGGGACUUAACUUGCAGCAUUAGACUUGCUGAAAUCCUAAUAGAAGCAUUAUUUGUAGAAGUUUUAAUGAAACCUUAACGAUUUAGCUCCAAAAAAGGAAGAAACAUUUUGGUUGCCCCAGUUUGAACGUAAAAUAUUCAGGGUUGCAACUUCUUCUUUAUAUCCCCAAGAACAAAAGCGUGAAUUGUUGUGUGCAUUGCAAUAGGAUCAUACGUGUUACAUGCUAUACGUAUCACAGCUGUUUUCCAAGAAACACCUUAUAAUAAUUAAAUUAUAUAUAUACACACACACACACACCUAUGAAGUGAAUUCUUAGAGACCCACAUGUUGAUGCUGCACGACAUCUCAUUACACAGCUCUGAUGACAGUUAAUGUACGGAUCUUUAAAGUCCUCACUAAACGAACAGGGUUCUGACAUGUGCUGGACUGCGUUCUGUGCCCAGUACAAUUAAUAAUUUGUAUGCAAUCAAAAAUGCGCGUCGGCAGUCUUGGUACCUCAGUCUAAUGAGUGUCAGAACACCGACCGAAAGGAAGUCUUUGGAUGUAUGAUGCAUGUCAGAGUUUCUCCUGUAGGAAAGAGUAAGUUUAUUUAAAAAAUUAUAUAUAUACACAUAUACACACACACUUGAGAGGAAGACGCGAGAUUAAUGUCUAAAUAGGUCUCAUUUGUAAAAGCUGAAUAUUUCGUAGUACCGAGCACUUUCACGUCUAUAUAUUUAUUUUUCCCUGCUGCUUUGUGCAUUUUGAAAAAUCAGAGCUUGGAUAUAUACUCAUUUAUAUUCAUUACCCAUGGGGUUAUUUACAAAUAAAAAUAUUAAUAGUCUCUAGGUAUUGAUGUAAUAUCCAGUAUGUUAUCACCAUUUUGAAAUGCUCUCACAUUUAAGUACCUGUAGUUGUCCACAUGUAGCAAUAACAUCGAGAAUUCAGAGUAUUUGAUGUAACUGAAUGCUGUGUCACCUUUUUUCCACUAACAGUCACAAAUGAUGCGGUAAACCCUUUGAGUAGUGUGUAGUAUUUGGGAUUACUCAGGAUAACAAUGACAUGGAUAUUACAGUAUUUCUGCGACUGGUAAAUUACAUUUAUAAUUACGUUCUUUGAUAAUUAAACCAAUUAGGCAAUUGCACACGCAAUUACUUGUUGUGAUAAUUAAAUGCAUUAACUAGUAAAGAUUUUAUUUACAGCACUAUCUGAAGACAAAUUAAAUGAAACCAUCAUUGAUCAUGCUGUGUUGAUCAUAAGUUGUGUUUUAAAUUACGCAUUUCAAAUUGUCCUUGUGCAAAAUCAAAAUGUGUUUGUUUCACUAAACUUGUCAACAAUGGCAUGUGACACAGGGGCAGUGGAUACAACCCCGCCACCCCCCCCCAAAAAAAGAAAAAAAACUGUAGAGGUGAGAUGGUUGUACUGUACAAGAAAAUAAGACGAGCUUGGACCGUGAAAUCUGCAACAAGCAGUAUGUGUGUGACCUUAUUGGGUUGUGAAACGUACAGAAAAGCACACGGAUACUUUAAGUUUCUCAUGGAAAUCGGUGUACUGACUGUCACGGGUGAAAAGCUCGGACGGGUCCAUUUAGUCGGUUUAUACUGUAUUUAUUGCUUUUGAGAGAUGUUGUGUUUGUUAGUAUGGUGAUAACAUUUUAACAAUCAGGUAGCAACACCUCAGAGAUAUAACGUGACAAAGUCUAAAAAAAUAUAUAUAGAUAUAUAUAUAGACACAAAACCUAGAGGUGCUACGGUGGCUUUGAUUACCUCAUAGUCCAGCUGUAGCGAUUCUUAAAUGUAUUUCCGGGAGCCAACUGUGUAAGCCGGUUCUCGUUUCACUUAAAAUCUUCAUUUAUCCAGUUAAAUUCGGCCGUUACGAAUUAAUGUACCGUUGAUUACUACUAAUAGACCUAGGUGCAAGCUACUGAAGGGAAGGGAAAAUGAUGCUGAAUGAAUUAUGCUGGCAGCUCAAUUUCGGGGGACUUUAAACUCAAACCUGAACCGGCGUUACACAGUGAUUUUAGGUUAGAGAACGACUGCGUUAACUUAAACGAAAUGUUUAUGAUGUGUGGUGGUUCUUACAAAGAUUUCCAGGCCUUAGGUACGCGGGUCGCCAUUGUGUCCUGCGUUUGAUCAAACCAAGCAGGUGAGCCGGCGAGGCGAUGUUUACAAGACUUGAUACCAGGAUGACUGUGUGCGAGGGAGUGCAAUGCGUGUGCGUUUUUACUCUUAGAUGUGUAGGUGCGAGUGUAUAUGAGAUGUGCUCAAAAUGGCAUAAGCAAGCCUUUAAAACAAGGUGUGUCUGGGAUGACUCUUGUAUUGCAUUUCAACAUAUAAUAAAGUAAUAAUUACAACGAUGA